AGCACUCCCUUCUUUCCCCAGUCCCGCAGAGCCUGUUUCUCAUUAGAGUAACGGGCGCGGUCCCGCCCGGCUUCUGAGUGUUUGUAAACGUCUGACCCUGGGCCGUCGCUUAACCCUUCAGGUGCUGGGAUGGGGCGGCAUUGGGGGUACAGCCCUGAACCCCAGGGAUUUAGAGAUUGGAGACGCUGCGGCCUCUUAGAGAGCUUUGAAGCUGUGUGGGAGGAAAUGAUAACCACCCCCCAAUCUCUCCUACCCUCCAGCCUUGCCAGUAUCUCCCACCGAGUCGCGAAUCUCCCCUCUAAUUCCCUCUCACACAACCCAGGCCUCUCCAAGCCUGAUUUUCCCGAAAACUCCUGUCCGGGUCUUUCUUCCUCCUCCAACCCAGGCCGGGACCUGGGGGCUCCUGCCGGAUCCAUGGGGGCGGCCAGCUGCGAGGAUGAGGAGCUGGAAUUUAAGCUGGUGUUCGGGGAGGAAAAGGAGGCCCCCCCGCUGGGCGCGGGGGGGUUGGGGGAAGAACUGGACUCAGAGGAUGCCCCGCCAUGCUGCCGUCUGGCCUUGGGAGAGCCCCCUCCCUAUGGCGCUGCGCCAAUCGGUAUUCCCCGUUCUCCACCCCCUCGGCCUGGCAUGCAUUCGCCACCGCCGCGCCCAGCCCCCUCACCUGGCACCUGGGAGAGCCAGCCCGCCCGCUCGGUGAGGCUGGGAGGACCAGGAGGGGGUACUGGGGGUGCUGGGGGUGGCCGUGUUCUCGAGUGUCCCAGCAUCCGCAUCACCUCCAUCUCUCCCACGCCCGAGCCGCCGGCAGCGCUGGAGGACAACCCUGAUGCCUGGGGGGACGGCUCUCCUAGAGAUUACCCCUCACCAGAAGGCUUUGGGGGCUACCGAGAGGCAGGGGGCCAGGGUGGGGGGGCCUUCUUCAGCCCGAGCCCUGGCAGCAGCAGCCUGUCCUCCUGGAGCUUCUUCUCCGAUGCCUCUGAUGAGGCCGCCCUGUACGCAGCCUGUGACGAAGUGGAGUCUGAGCUAAAUGAGGCGGCCUCCCGCUUUGGCUUGGGCUCCCCACUGCCCUCGCCCCGGGCCUCCCCUCGGCCAUGGACCCCUGAAGAUCCCUGGAGUCUGUAUGGUCCAAGCCCCGGAGGCCGAGGGCCAGAGGAUAGCUGGCUACUCCUCAGUGCUCCUGGGCCCACCCCAGCCUCUCCUCGGCCUGCUUCUCCAUGUGGCAAGCGGCGCUAUUCCAGUUCGGGAACCCCAUCUUCGGCCUCCCCAGCUCUGUCCCGCCGUGGCAGCCUGGGAGAAGAGGGAUCUGAGCCACCUCCACCACCCCCAUUGCCUCUGGCCCAUGACCCUGGCUCCCCUGGUCCCUUUGACUAUGUGGGGGCCCCACCAGCUGAGAGCAUCCCUCAGAAGACACGGCGAACUUCCAGUGAGCAGACGGUGGCUCUGCCUCGGUCUGAGGAGCCUGCUCCAUGCAAUGGGAAGCUGCCCUUGGGAGCAGAGGAGUCUGUGGCUCUUCCCGGAGGUCCCCGGAAGGAGGUGGCUGGCAUGGACUACCUGGCAGUGCCCUCCCCACUCGCGUGGUCCAAGGCUCGGAUUGGGGGACACAGCCCUAUCUUCAGGACCUCUGCCCUACCACCCCUGGACUGGCCUCUGCCCAGCCAAUAUGAGCAGCUGGAGCUGAGGAUUGAGGUGCAGCCUAGAGCCCACCACCGGGCCCACUAUGAGACAGAAGGCAGCCGUGGAGCUGUCAAAGCUGCCCCUGGCGGUCACCCCAUAGUCAAGCUCCUAGGCUACAGUGAGAAGCCACUGACCCUACAGAUGUUCAUCGGCACUGCAGAUGAAAGGAACCUGCGGCCUCAUGCCUUCUAUCAGGUGCACCGUAUCACGGGCAAGAUGGUGGCCACGGCCAGCUAUGAAGCCGUAGUCAGUGGCACCAAGGUGCUGGAGAUGACUUUGCUGCCUGAGAACAACAUGGCGGCCAACAUUGACUGUGCGGGAAUCCUGAAGCUUCGGAAUUCAGACAUUGAGCUUCGGAAGGGUGAGACGGACAUCGGGCGCAAAAAUACACGUGUGCGGCUGGUGUUCCGGGUACAUGUGCCCCAGGGCGGCGGGAAGGUCAUCUCAGUACAGGCAGCAUCGGUGCCCAUCGAGUGCUCCCAGCGCUCAGCUCAGGAGCUGCCCCAGGUGGAGGCCUACAGCCCCAGUGCCUGCUCUGUGAGAGGAGGCGAGGAACUAGUACUGACUGGCUCCAACUUCCUGCCAGACUCCAAGGUGGUGUUCAUUGAGAGGGGUCCUGAUGGGAAGCUGCAAUGGGAGGAGGAGGCCACGGUGAACAGACUGCAGAGCAAUGAGGUGACGCUGACCCUGACUGUCCCCGAGUACAGCAACAAAAGGGUGUCCCGGCCAGUCCAGGUCUACUUUUAUGUCUCCAAUGGGCGGAGGAAACGCAGUCCUACCCAGAGUUUCAAGUUUUUGCCUGUGAUCUGCAAGGAGGAGCCCCUACCGGACUCAUCUCUGCGGGGCUUCCCUCCAGCAUCGGCACCCCCCUUUGGCACUGACAUGGACUUCUCACCACCCAGGCCCCCCUACCCCUCCUAUCCCCAUGAAGACCCUGCUUAUGAAACUCCUUACCUAUCAGAAGGCUUCAGCUAUGGCACACCCCCUCUGUACCCCCAGACGGGGCCCCCACCAUCCUACAGACCGGGCCUGCGGAUGUUCCCUGAGACUAGGGGUACCACAGGUUGUGCCCACCCACCACCAGUCUCCUUCCUUCCCCGCCCCUUCCCUAGUGACCCGUAUGGUGGGCGGGGCUCCUCUUUUCCCCUGGGGCUGCCAUUCUCUCCUCCAGCCCCCUUUCGGCCUCCUCUCCCUGCAUCCCCACCGCUUGAAGGCCCCUUCCCUUCCCAGGGUGAUGUGCAUCCCCUACCUGCUGAGGGAUACAAUAAGGUAGGGCCAGGCUAUGGCCCUGGGGAGGGGGCUCCGGAGCAGGAGAAAUCCAGGGGUGGCUACGGCAGCGGCUUCAGAGACAGUGUCCCUAUCCAGGGUAUCACGCUGGAGGAAGGUGGGUGUGGGACUGGGGGCUGUGAGUGUGAGUGUGUGCAAGAGAUUGCUCUGCAUGUUUGCUGAGGGCUGGAGCUGGGCUUUUCAGAGAUCAGGCAUCCCUGGUCUCUCAGGGCCAGCUGGAGUGUCCCAGGAGGCAUGUUUCUGAUGCCUGUGGCUGCCUGAAUCCAGUUAACUGAAGGGUGCAUGGGGUAACUGUCUCAGCCUUUCUCCUGCCUCUGCCUCUGCCCUCUGCUCCAAAUCAGAAAAUCUCAGAGCUAGAAGCACUUUCAAGACCAUUCUAUCCAGCUCGCUCAAUUUGCAAGUUCAGGCACUGAGUUCCAGAGAGGGAUGGUAGCUUGCUGAGAUCCGAGUCAAGCACACUUGCCACUGCCUCAGCGUUCCCCUAAACACUGUGCCUUUGGUCGGGGUUGGUGAGGAGGAGCUUUCCUGUUUUGCUUCUCCUUCCUCCCAUUGGCUACACCCAUCUCUGGCCCUGCUGAUACCAAUUCCCCUGACAUUUUGGGCUAAGCCAGCAGGAAAGGGAUAGGACGGGCACUUGGGAGCCCACAUGGAGGGAGUUGGGGAAGAUUUGAUUCGGAGCAGGUGUCAAGACAUGUUGGGGAAACUGAGGCCCAGUAGAAGAGAAACCAGUAAAGGAGGAACCUAGAGGCCUCCUAGAUUAAGGCCUGCCUGGAAUGGAUGGGGGGGGGUCUUUGAAAAAGGAGGGGACCCACCUCUAGCCCAGUCUCUCAAGUGCCCCUCCUUUACAGUGAGUGAGAUCAUUGGCCGAGACCUGAGUGGCUUCCCUGCACCUCCUGGAGAAGAGCCUCCCGCCUGAACCACCUGAACUGUCAUCACCUGGCAACCCCAGCCCCGGCCUCAGCCCUGCCGCCUUUCCCUCCUCCUUCCUGGAGUGGUGGCUACAGAAGCUUGGGGCCAACACUGGCUCCUCUUUCCCCAGCUUCUGCCUGUUUCGCUGUCUUCCCUCCCCUCCCCUCCCAAGCUGUGGUGUGGCCCCCAGACCUGGUGCUGCCUUGGAGGGCUGGGGGAAGGAGCCUGUGGAGGAGAGGAGGAGGCUGGAGACUGAGGCUAGGUGCCAGAAUGGACUGGAGUGAAGGCGUGUCUAGAAUGUGGGCAAACUGGUGCUGGGAAGCUGGGGACAGUUUGAUGGUAAUAAACUGCUCACUGAUAAGUG